UCAUUCGGCAUUGAAAUUGCGAAAAGUGACAGUGUGAUUUUUGUGAAAAAGUGCUCUGCAAUUUAUUAAUUUUGUAAGUAGAAUAUUGGCAAAAUAAUUAAAUUUUAGUACCUAUUUGCACGGAAAAUUGGCAGUGAGACUAAAGACAAUUCACAGUGACACAGCAGAGACCGGAAAAUUGUUGAUUUUUCAUGUGAUUUUGAAGGCAUUUUUUCUCGUAGAGUAGCAAAGAACAAGUGAAGAGACGCGCCAUCACUUUUUUUUCUUCCUUUAUGACAGCACGUUUUUCUUUCUUAUUUAUCUCAUUUUAAGCCACUUUUCCUACGUGUACAGAGACUUUUUUGGUUGAUUAAUUGAGUUUCUCAUCAAUUUAGGAUCACACAUUUGGAUUUUUGUUUGAGACAACAGAACAAGACAAAUUAUUGUAUGAGUCAAAAAACAGAGAGACCAGUUCUAUCAGGUCAACGCAUUAAGACCAGGAAGAGAGAUGAAAGAGAGAAGUAUGACCCCACGGGCUUCCGUGAUGCGGUCAUUGCUGGACUUGAAAAAACUGGUGGCGAUUUAGAGCAAAUCUCGAAGUUUCUCCACAACGCCGGCAAUAAAUUGGAUUAUCGUCGCUACGGAGAAGUACUUUUUGAUAUUCUCAUUGCUGGUGGUCUUCUUGUUCCCGGAGGAUCAAUCUCUCAAGAUGGCGAGAACCCAUGUACACAGUGUUGCAUCUUCAAUGCCUCUGAAGACAUGGAGGCCCUGCGUAAUCAGGAGCAGGUCUUCAUCAAUCUCAUGCGUCGACACAAGUACUUGGAAAAAAUGUUUGAAGAAGAAAUGAGAAAAGUUCUCGUCUUUAUAAAAGGUUUCACACCAAGCGAACGAGUUAAAUUGGCUCGUAUGACCGCAUUAUGGAUUGGAAAUGGAUCUGUUCCACCAGCUGUUCUCUUGGUUCUCAUCAAUGAACACUUGGUGAAGGAUGGCAUUGCCUUGGAUUUCCUGAUUGAAGUGUUUGUUACAUUUAAGCAGGAAAAAGGAAUGUCAUCACUGACGCAGGCACUCAAGAAGGGCAAUAUUGAGAAGCGUCUAAUGGAGUUCUUCCCUUUGAACAAGCGUUCUGAGGAAUAUCUCAAGUCUGUCUUUGUCAGCAAGGACCUUACGGAUAUUGUCAAAUUGCAUGAGCAACGUGCUAGCCAGGAAGCUAAGCGCGAAUUGCAGCAGCUUCUCAACGAUGCUAUCAAUGACAACAAGUCUCCGUCGGAGAUAAUUGAGGAUGUGAAGGAGGCGGCUCUGAAGUCAAAUAUUUCUGAGCAUGAGGUGAUUGGACUCAUUUGGACGACAGUAAUGUCACUAGCUGAAUGGAAUAAGAAGGAGGAACUUGUGGCCGAUCAGGCACUCAAGCACCUUAAACAGCAUACUCAACUUCUUCAGGCAUUCACGACAACUGAUCGUGCCGAGUUGACGCUGAUUCUCAGGGUGCAGGAAUUCUGCUAUGAUAAUAUGAACUUCAUGAAAGUCUUCUCCAAGAUCAUAUUGUUGUUCUACAAAGCAGAAGUUGUCUCUGAACAUUCAAUUAUCAAGUGGUACAAGGAGGCCCAUUCGGCCAAGGGCAAAAUGCACUUCUUGGAACAAAUGAAGAAGUUCAUUGAAUGGCUCCAAAAUGCUGAAGAAGAAUCCGAAUCAGAAGAUCAAGGAGAAAAAGUUGGAGAGUAAAUUUUCUUUGACGCAAUGACGAUUUUUUGAGAAAAAGAAAUAAUUCUGAAGAAUUUGAAAUACGUGAAGAAUAUAUAUACAAUUUCCAUGGUGGUGAGGUUUACUAAUUUAAAAAAAAAAAUGAAGAAAAAAAUGAAAAAUACACAUUAAUGAUAUGAAAAAAAAAUGAGUAAAAAAUAUGCUAAGAACAGAAUCAUGAAAAUUUUUAAAUGAUAUACAUAAGAGAAAAUCCUUAGUGAACGGAAUUCAUAUAAAUAAAAAAAACAAUAUAUAUACAUAUACUCUCAAAAUAUUUUCUUUCUUUGUUGUUUUAACGUAAAAGUUUUUUAAUUAAAAAUGAAAAUAAAAGUGAAUACAAAAAGGGAAUUCCUAUACAUUUUACACAAUGGAGAAUAGUUCUAGAAAGUUUAUUUAUACAGAGAUAAUAAAAAAAAAAGAAAAAGAGAUUAGAGAGAGGAUUUAAAAAAAUGAGAAUAAAAUGAUAAGUAACUUAAUUUUUUCUGUUUCUGAGUUUGAAUGAGAAAGAAGAUAACUACAAUACCAUAAUAAACUGUUAUUAGUAGGAAUGCGAGAAUAAAGGAUUGUAAAAAAUUAA